GAGACUGCCUCCCAAGGUGGUACUGACACAGUGAUUGUCGAAGUUCCAACCGAUUCCCAAACAACUGAGACCUCUACUUGGUCUGGUUCGUUCACCACCACUGUUACUGAGACUGCCUCUCAAGGUGGUACUGACACUGUCGUUGUCGAAGUUCCAACUAACUCCCAGUCUACUGAGACCUCUACCUGGUCUGGCUCAUUCACUACCACACUCACUGAAAGUGCCUCCCAAGGUGGUACCGACACAGUUGUCGUGGAAGUUCCAACUAACUCUCAGUCUACUGAGACCUCUACUUGGUCUGGUUCGUUCACUACUACUGUUACUGAGACUGCCUCCCAAGGCGGUACUGACACUGUUGUCGUUGAAGUUCCAACAGAUUCUCAAACAACUGAAACUACAACUUGGUCUGGUUCGUUCACCACUACUGUUACUGAGACUGCCUCCCAAGGCGGUACUGACACUGUCGUUGUCGAAGUUCCAACUAACUCCCAGUCUACUGAGACCUCUACCUGGUCUGGUUCGUUCACUACCACUCUCACCGAGACUGCCUCCCAAGGUGGUACUGACACUGUUGUUGUAGAAGUUCCAACUAACUCCCAGUCUACUGAGACCUCUACCUGGUCUGGAUCUUUCACUACUACUGUUACUGAGACUGCCUCCCAAGGCGGUACCGACACUGUGAUUGUCGAAGUUCCAACUAACUCCCAGUCUACUGAGACCUCUACCUGGUCUGGAUCGUUCACCACCACUGUUACUCAGACUGCCUCCCAAGGUGGUACCGACACUGUGAUUGUCGAAGUUCCAACUAACUCAAAAUCUAAUUCCAUUUCCAGUAGCACACCUACUGCAGAAGGCUGUCCUGCUGUUCAUCCUACGGCUGUUGGGUUCAUUGGUUACUUUUAUGAUUACAGCACUUCAGAUUCGUUAUCUUCUUAUCUUGAAGGUGGAUACAAGUCUAAUAAAUUGGAAGAGACUGUAGAAGCUAUUGUUGAUGUUGAAAUUGUGUACGACAGCGUCGAUACCUUAGAUUUAGAAGGGUUCUUCCUUCCUCCUUUAAGUGGUAGCUACACGUUUGAGUUGAGCAACAUUGCAAAUGGUGCCGCUCUCUCUAUUGGAGCUGAUGUGGCAUUCUCCUGUGGAAGCACCUUAUCAAAGAGAGCCAGUGCUUCUCCUUUGAUCAUUGAAGGACCAUCUGGUACUGGUGAAUUGACUGUGGAAUUGGUAGCAGGUACUUAUUAUCCAAUAAGUAUUGUUAACAAUUACAUUGCAAGUGGUGAGCAUAUUGAAUUUGUUAUUACAGGUCCAAGUGGAGAACUUACUGUUGAGCAAACUAUAUUCUAUAUCGAGCAAGGUGAAUCUGGAACUUCAUCCACUGGUGUUUCCAUUGCAUCGUCCACUGCCGCUUCCUCAUAUAGUAGCGCUGUUUCUGAAACUUACAGUUCAUCCAUUCCAGCUUCAUCAUUUGCGUCAAGCACUGCUUACUGGAGCAAUUCAAGUGUCGCUUCAACAUAUUGGCCAUCCAGUACUUAUUCUCUGUCAGCUUCAUCAUCAUCUUUAGGCAAUCCGUCUGUCACAGGUAUCACAUCCUCGUCCGCUGCAGGCGUUACAUCUUCAACUACAGAAACUGAUACUACAACAACCAAAACCGAUAUCUCAACGACUGUGAUUACCGUCACUUCGUGUGAUGACGGAAAGUGUACAGUUACACCAGUCACUACAGGUGUCACAGUUGUUACCAUCACUACUGAUGAGGUUGUAACAGAGUACACAACUUACUGUCCAUUAUCAACGUCUACAGGAACUGAUCUCACUAGUACGAAGGCCGAUAUCUCAACUACUGUGAUUACUGUCACUUCUUGCGAUGAAGGAAAGUGUACAGUCACGCCAGUCACUACUGGUGUCACAGUUGUCACUGUUACUACCGACGAAGUAGUUACAGAAUUUACCACUUACUGUCCAUUAUCAUCAACCAAUGAAGAAGACAGUACUUCGACUAUAUUACUUACUGUGACCAGCUCAGAGGCAUACGAAAUUGAACCUACAACUACUGGUGCAGAUAUCUCUCAAAGAACUCUGACAUUGCAAACAGUUUCUACUACUCAAACUGAAGCAGAAAGUUUGUACACUUCAGGUCUGAUUUCUUCACAAUCUAAUGGUUAUUCUAACACUUUGGCAACAAAGAUAUCAAGCUCCGCGUCUUCCAGCUCCUUGUCUUCCAGUUCUAGUUCAUCACCAGCGAUUAUUACAGUCUCUGAAGGUAAAGCAGCUGCACCAUUUAAUAUUCCGGUCAUAGCUGUAUUCUUGACCUAUUUGGCACAUAUUUUACUUUAG